ACAUUUGAGAAUCUCGCUGCAGAAGGCGGGUCUUUUUACGGAACCCGUGAUUGCUGCCGGAAGUCGCAGUGUUCCGAGUACGAAGACUGCUACAGUAUAUAGUCGAAAGACAUGGCUCAUGCAGGCGUUGACUCGGAUUUUAAUAAUUCUGUUGAAAAUAUAGUAAAGCUACCACCAGAUAUUUUCGCUGAAACAUGUCAAGAAGUUUUGAGGUAUCUGGAAGGACACUCUGCUGGCAUCGAUACAGCACAGCUCCAUGAUAUUUAUUAUAAGUCAGGCAUCAGCUUUAGUUUGCUGGAUCUGGAGAUGAUUGUUAAUGUGAUUUUGUUUGCUUUCAGGACAGCUUCAAAAAACAAUUUCACUGCAGAACAACUGGUUACCUACUUGGGUGAAAGAAAUAAGAAAUGGUCAAAGUCAGCUUUACAGGUUAUUCACAAAGCUUGGAGUGAACAAGGUAGCACCAUCCUAGCUCAAGGAGAUCCAUUGAAAAUGUUUAUGGUUGGGCAGUUAGUUGAUCUUCAGUGGAAGCUUGGGAUGGCAGUUACCUCAGAUACAUGUAGGUCUCUCAAUUAUCCUUAUGUUUGUAUGACCAUGAAGAUAGCCAGUUCCUCUGGGCAUAUAACUAGCAAAUCCUUUGAAAUGACUAUCCCUCAGUUUCAGAAUUUCCACAAUCAGUUUAAGGAAAUUGCAGCUCAUCUUGAAACAGUAUAAUAUAUAUAAGAAGACUUGAUUUAAACCUUGUGAAUAAUAUUCCUCUCCAAACAAUGCAAAUUACCAGUUUAUAUUGUAGAAUUUUAUUGUCAAGGAAGUGCUCUACACAACAAACAUUACAGUAAAAAAUAGUAAAAAUAUGAGGAUUUAAUUUUCAAUAGGCUAUACUUAGUUAUUGAUUGAUUUUAUAGAUGUUACAAUUUCUGAACUGCAAAAUCAGUAAAUUUGGAAUGAACCCAAAACUUCAUGUAAGAAAAUUCUAGUAUUUUCUUUAUAUAUUGCUUUUAUUUUGAACAUAUUAAUUAUGUAACACCAUGUCAAGAUAAUUAAAGUGAAUUCAAAUAAUUAGGUUCAUGACAAUACACAUUAACUUAUUUAAAAAUAUUUUCAUAAAGCCAACCUUGGGAACUGGUAAAAUUAUAAUUUUUUUUUAAAUUAUACUUUUCAGCAGUUCUAAAUGAAGAAGGUGAGUUACAGGUGGGUGUUACACAUUUUGAUAGUGCUGUUUUAUAGAAAUAGCUAUCAUUACAUUUUAACUCUCUUAACAAGAUUACAACUCACAUUGCCAGUUAGUCUGUUUUAUUUAUAUUUAAUAGUUUUUUUUAUGUUAAUUCUCACUGAUGCUAGUUUGCAUUCAGUAAAAUGUAACUGGUAAGGAGUGUAAUAUGUCAAUAUACUUAUACCCAUAAUUAAUUAACUAUACAUUUUCUAUAAUUGUUUAUUUCCAAAUUUUUACAAAAUAUUAAAUACACAAAAUUGUUUAGCUAAUACUUGGAAAUAAUUGUAUUUCCCGAACUAGUAAAUCACUUAACCUCUCAGAUUACAUAGCUUUAUAUACUGUACAUGUAUACAAUGCACAUAAGGUCUGAAUGUUAUUUUUUUAAGUGCAGUAUUAAUAAAACAAAAUUAAUAUUCUUGGUAAAUCUAUCUGUGAGUGGUUAUUCAUGUAUUAUCAUAGGUAUACAUUGAGAAAAUGGUUUUACUUUAAGUGAUUUUAUAUAUAUAAAUAAAUAAAAACCAUUUGUCUCCAUCACAUAACAUUUCAGAAAUUUCUUCACAAAACGCAUUUUUUACCUGUCAGUUUUUUAUUGUUUUUGCACUAUAAUUAAUUAAUAUUAGUAUGUUUUUUUAAGGUAAUUUGUUUGGAUUUAAUAUUUUCUAAAUUUAAAAAUUGAUGUUUAAAGUAAAAGUUAUUUCAUUCGAUAAUAAGGUCAGAAUAUAGUUAGAACUUAACUCUGUGAUGAGUCAUAGCAGCAGGUGGGAUAUGCUAAAUUCCCAUGUUUUCUCCAUGAGUGGGACAGCAGAACCAAGAAUUUACAUUAGAUUCAGAAGUAAUGGCCAGCUAGAAAAAAGCUACAGAUUGCUGCCAUAAACAUCAUCAGACAUAGCUUGGUGGAUCCUGAUAAAGUGCUGCUACUAUCACUUAAUACUAAGCUUAAUUUAAUGAAGCAGUUAGUCAAAGCUCUAUCACUUGGAGCAUGGUUUAUUUAUUUGUGCCAGAUGUUUCCAAGUUUGUUUGAGGCUAAAUUAAACAUGGGUAUUUUUACUAGAGAUGGUAUUAGAAAAUGUAUUUCUCAAUUAAUGGUGUGAUCAAAGAAGUAAUUUUGAAGUUUUCAAGCAUCAAUAAAGAUUUCACUUAUAAAGGAUUGUGUAAAAUUUAUCAGUUAAGUUUAAGGAAUUGGGUUGAAACCUGAGUUUCAGUUUCUUUCUGAAAUUUUCAAAGUUCAGUUUUUGCAUUGAAUUUUUCCCUGAAAAUGUUGGAAUGGUGAGUGAAAAGCAAGGUGAAAUAUUCCAUAUUUAUGACAUGGAAAGAAGGUACCAGGGACAUUGGGAAGUCAGAACGAUGGUGGAUUACUGCUGCAUGACUCCUAUGGACUCACAAUUAAAAAAUGUGCACAUAAUGGACCAGAUAUCUUGGACUGAAAAAAUUAAAGUGACAAAAAUAAUGUUUUUUUACAUGUAUACCUAAAAAUGUUAGAAUUGACUUAAAACAAUAUUUUAUACAUUAAUAAAUUAUGUAAUUUGUAAUUUUCAAUUUUGUACUGUAAAUGUGAUGUGAAGGAAACAUUCUAACUGUAUUUUUGUAUUGUGUUCAUGAAUACAAAUAAAAAUAAAUACAAUUGAAACAA